AUGAUAAGUGGGGGCGCUGACAACGUAACAAACUCUCUGAUACUCACCCUAGCAGCCCUUCUGGACAACACACACGUCUUAGAAAAAGUCCAAGAGGAACUGGACACAGUUGUAGGCAGGAACAGUCUUGUUAAAGAAUCUGACAUAAAGAACCUAGUGUACUUUCAGGCAGUCAUCAAGGAGACAUUCCGAUUGUAUCCAUCAUCGAAAACAAACUUGCCACAUGAGGCUGUAGAAGACUGCCAAAUCCAGGGCUACCAUGUCCCAGCAGGAACCCAACUACUUGUGAACAUUUGGAAUUUGCAAAGAGACCCACGUGUCUGGACAGACCCAUAUGAGUUCAAGCCAGAGAGAUUUUUGACAAAGAGCCCACUUGAUGUGAGAGGCCAGCACUUUGAGCUGAUUCCAUUUGGGUCUGGCAGGAGAGCAUGCCCGGGGAUAUCAUUUUCACUGCAAGUGAUGCACCUUACACUUGCUCGUUUGAUUCAAGCAUUUGAACUGCGAGCGACAGGUCAUGCCCCUAGUGACCGUUAUUUAGCCGCAGAUAUUCCCAAUCUCUCCUCAUUAGAAAUCAUUCUCGCACCAAGAUUAUCCCCAGGUCCCUUUAUAUGAUGGUAACAUUAAGUAUAAUGUGCAGGUAUUGGCAAUAGAGUUGCCAAUGAAUUGCUAGUAACCAAAGAUAAUUAUGGUGCUUUAAUGGAUGUAGGCAUGCAUCUACCUGUAUUAAUCACUCAGAUAAUAGUUAUU